AUGGCCGAAAUUAUAAAUUCCAAUGGAAGAGGAAAGCUUCUGCAUAUUGACGGAUAUCUCUAUUAUAAACAUUCGGAAAACCAAGGUCGAAUUUAUUGGUGUUGUCGUAAAAAAGGUGCUCUGGCUAUAACAAGUAAUUCUGGAAAAAAUAUAAUAGUCCAUAAAGGCCCUGAAAAUUCUAUACAUGACCACGCACCGAAUUUAGAAGAAGUUAAUGCCAUAAAAGUUAUGACAGAUAUAAAAAGAAAAGCUAGUGAACAUCCUGAAGCACCCCCAGCACAAAUAUUGAGAACAGAAUUGCAACAAGUAAAAUCUGGAAUUUUAGCUCAAAGUAUGAACGAAUUGCAUGAAUUUCCAAUUCAGUUUAAACAAACCAUAACAGGAGAACAAUUUUUAUUAUACGAUUCAUUUGAAGAUAUUGAUUAUCAGUUAACAUUUGGUAGAAUAAUAAUUUUUGCAACAAAAGACAAUUUGAGACUUUUAAUGAAUAGCCCAACCUGGUUUGUCGACGGAACAUUUAAAGUUGUCCCAACAAUAUUUUUUCAGUUGUUUACCAUACUAGGACCCACCACACAGAAAAAUAAUGGAACUGAUCAAGUUAGUGAACUCCCGUUGGUGUACGCAUUACUGGAGUCAAAAGAAGAAGCAGCGUAUUCUAAAGAAUAUGAAGUUAUACUUUCAGAGGCACACAAAUUUGGAAUAAAUAUUGGAAGACAACAAUUUGUGAUGACGGAUUUUGAACAAUCAAUAAUAAAUGCAACGAAGAAAAUAAUUGGAGUUGAAAUACAUGCUUGUUUAUUUCAUCUUUGUCAAAGUUUUUAUCGUCGUAUCCAGGCAGAAGGAUUACAAAGUCAGUAUAAUAAUCCAGAAAACCGUAGCAUAAAGAUCGCGGCACAGAUGACCGGUGCUUUAGCAUUUGUGCCACCAGAAAAAGUAGUUGAAACGUUUGAUGAAUUACUAGAAAAAGUACCAGAUGACUAUAUGCCAAUUGCAGAAUAUUUUGAGAUAAAUUACAUUCGUGGGAGACAAGCUAGAGGUCGGAGAAAAGGAACCGAACCCAGAUUCCCUCCAACAUUGUGGAACCAGUACCAUGCAGUACUACAACGAUUGGCAAGAACUAAUAAUUUGUCAGAAGGCUGGCAUAAUCGGUUCCAAGUGGUUGUCGGCAGGGAGUAA